AUGAGGUGGGCGAGGCUGUCCCCUCACUCCUCCUUCAGGUCCAUGGCGGCCGCGCGGACAUGUUUAUUUCUGCAAGCAGGAGCGCACACGGUCGUCAUCCUCACCGUCAUCGUCCUGCUGCUCGAUUUGCGCGUGACAGUCGCUCAGCAGCUCAAUAUGGCGAACAAGAGCGUUUUGGUCGCCAAAGAGCGCUCACUGAAUGGCAGGGAGGAGAAAAUGGUCGUGGCAGUAAAGCACACCGCCAAUGGGAACCCCACAGUGGAACCAUUUCCUGACAGCAUGGAGAUGAUGAUGUUUGGUAUGGGAUGUUUCUGGGGAGCAGAGAGGCGCUUCUGGAGGCUUCCUGGUGUGUUUUCUACACAAGUGGGCUAUGCUGGGGGCUUCACACCUAACCCCACCUACCAUGAGGUGUGUUCAGGUCUAACGGGGCACACCGAAGUAGUGCGAGUGGUCUUCUCUCCUAAAGAUAUCAGCUUAGAGAAACUUCUCAAAGUCUUUUGGGAGAGCCAUGACCCCACUCAAGGAAUGGCACAGGGGAAUGACCAUGGCACACAGUACCGUUCUGCCAUCUACACCUACAGCCCAGAACAGCAAGACCUGGCCAUGAUGAGCAAGCAUAUGUACCAGGAGGCGCUGGCGAGGAAUGGCCUGGGUAAGAUCACCACAGAGAUCCGAGAGCACACCGAAUUUUACUAUGCUGAAGACUAUCACCAGCAAUAUCUGCACAAGGUGCCUAAAGGAUACUGUGGGUUAAAGGGCACAGGUGUCGCCUGUUCUUUUGGAGGAGAAAAAGAGGAACUCUGACUCAGGGCACAAAGACAUAAUUGUCUUCUAUUUUAAAGGGAUAGUUUACCCAAAAACUUUGUUAUAAUUUAUUCACCCUGUCGUAGUUCCUUUUUUUCUUGAGGAAAGUCAUAUUUAAUAAUCUUCUGAAUAGCUGGUUUAUCGUAAUCUAGAUCUAAAACCAUAACAAAACUUUUUUUCAUCACAAAAAAACUUUUACUGAAUUUUAAUGAAAUACUUUUAUUUAUUUUUUUAUUUCAACUACUUACCCAGCAGUAUUUCUCAUUUUUGGUAAAAUUCUUUUAGUUAACUUUGGCCUGGUUUCACAGACAGGGUUUAGAUUAAGCCAGGAUUAGGCCUUAGUUCAAUCAGGAAAUUUAAGUAGCUUUUAUAAACGUGUAAAGCUUUUUAUAAACUUAAAAUAAAAAAGCUUACACCGACUUGUAUGCAAGCCUGUGUUUAUCACUCCAUUUUCUGCUGAAUCAGUUUCUGGUUCAAACAUAUGGCUGAAUUUAACCAAUAUUUCCUCUCGCCAUUGUGUAGCAUUUACGAAAGUUGACUGAGUGGAUCAGGUUGUCCGAGCUGUGAGUGAGUGGAGGCUGGGACUAAUUUGCAAAUUAAUGGGUCCAGGUAAAAUGAAGCAACUGUGUAGUCGCAUUUGAGAUAUUUUAAGGCAUGAAGAAAGUGUUUUCACAGGAAAAAGCAUUGAAAAAUGCCAUUUUGAUUAUCAAAGAUGAGUUUUAAGGGGUACGAUUAUUGACUGCAGGGAGACUUGAACAAUAUAAUAAGAACAAAAACCAAAAAUAACAAAACUACUAAAUUUGAGAAAAAAAAAUAUAUUAAAACUAUGAUCGCAUAUAAAUGAAGCUAAAAUAAUACUGAAACACAGAAAAUGAUAGUCACUCUUUUUCAUGCAGUUAAAAUAGGCUAUAGCUUUUAAGCUUUAAAAGGGAGCACACCUUUUCUCACCCAAAACUAUUGUAUCGGAUGACUUCAGAAGAAUAUAGUGCACUAAUUAUAUGGACUAUUUCACUGUUCUUUUGGGUUCUUUUUGUAAAGCUUGAAAAGAUCGGUGUGAAUUACUCUUUUAAUACGUGAGAGGGCUGUUUUGUAAGUGUAUGUGUGGAUUUUCCUGUCAAAAUGUCAGUAGUCUCAGUCCAAAGCUAGCAGCAACCUUCUGCCAGUGAUAUUUCCUGAAGCUAAAUCUUUCAUACUGUCUGCUCUAGAGCAUCUGCUCUGUGGCCCAUUGCUGAUCUCUAUGGACAUUAUUGUUCUGCAGCAUUCUAAUACAUCACCCCCAGACUUAAAAUACAAAGGACAAAUUCUGCCUCAUGGUAACAUGCAUCACAACGCUUGCUUUGUGAAAUCCAGAGUUUUUACAACCACUCGGAAAGGUGUACAUAAGACAUUUGUAAAAAUAGAAUUUAGCUUUUAGCUUAUCCCAGUGACCUAGACCGGGCAGAGAGACAACCUGGAUGAAUGGCCAGUCAUUAUUAUAGUUAUUAUUAUUAUUCAGGGAAAAUUCUUUUUAUUUCUCUGUAAUUUUCUUUGUUGCACAUGUCAUUUUUUACCACUAGGAGGCAGCACAUGUAAAUAUAAAAGGCAUAUCUCUGAAUAAGUUCAGGAAAAUUGUCGAAUGUGUCAUUUUUGUGCCAUUGGCAUCACCAAACAAAAGCAGAAAUUACUAGAAAAGAAAGAUUUGUCAUUGCUUUACAAAGGCUUGUGAAGGUCAUUUUGGCAUGGACCCAAUUUAAAUACGUGGGACGUUUGAGAGACUUGGAAGCUGGAAAAAAUUGUGGUUGGAUGGCAGUUGGUUUCUAGAUGGUUGUUACGUUUUUCUGGGUUGUUGUGGGGCAUUUAGGUGUUGUAGCCUUAAAACUUUAGGGUGAGUUAGAGCAGAAACGACCAGAAGACAUUUUUUAAAAUGUAUUUUUCUGUAUUCCACAACAUAUGUCAUACAGGAUUUGUAUGAGAUGAGGGUGGGAAAAUGAUGACAGAAGUUUCAUUCUGGUGUGAACUAUACAAACCUGCUUCAAGUGGGUUAUUGUAAAUAUGCUGGUUUCACACCACAGCUGUGUAAAGUGCUACACAUGAGUCAGCUGCUCAUUUUAGAAAAUGGAAUAGACCUUGAGAAUAUGCUGAGUCUGCUGACUGGCCUGACCAGAGCCGCAUAAUUACAAUGAUUAUAUGUUGAUCUGUCAGACGGUAACUGCCCUUGUUUACCUCAUUAAGUUGAAUACGAGGUACUGACUUUGUUUAAGUAAUAUCCUUGACAUGGUUUAAAAACUGUGUCAAGGGCUUGUAGAACCGUCAGAAUGGAGGAUUCUGGGAGUCUUAUGUGGUGUGUUGUCGUCUGCUCCUCAGCUGAUGAUGUCACUGUUAUCUAUCAUCUCUGGCUGUGUAUCUGGGAUGAGACACACACAUGAUUCACACAGCACCUGUAUAUGAGCAGACAGAUUUCUGGGAAAUGAUGCAUUCAUCUUCACACUCCCACGUGUGUGCUAUAUGCACCUACCUGUUUUCACCGCCAGACAUGCAUAGGAGUUACAAACACACAUUUCUGCUAUGUAUGGUUCAACGCAAACAUUGGCGAAGGUCAGAUUACCAAGAUUUGUUAAACAACUGCUUUCUUUUUUUCCCUAUGUAAAUUGAUCUUCAUACCGAGGUCACAAAAAGUCGUUUGUACACUUAAGUCACAAUUAAUGGCUAAAUUACAGUAGACAUUUUCUUAGAAGUAACGUGUAUAUAUUGCUGUAUUGUAUGAAUAUUUCAUUUUUAUUCUAUACAUAUCAAAUGUAUUUUAACUCUUCUUUCCAAUCGAACUGAAUUCACGAGACGUAGUUGGUGCUUUAACAUGA